GGCGGAAGUGACGUCACUUCCCCGGUGGCGGGGCCGGGGCGGCGGGUUCCGGUAUUUCAGGGCGGGGCCGGGCGGCGGCGCGCAGCGGAGCGGCGGCGGCGCGGGAGCCAUGGCGGGGGCCACCACCAUCGAGGCGGUGAAGCGCAAGAUCCAGGUGCUGCAGCAGCAGGCGGACGACGCCGAGGAGCGCGCCGACCGCCUGCAGCGCGAGGUGGAGGCCGAGCGCCGCAACCGCGAGCAGGCUGAAGCAGAAGUGGCCUCUUUGAAUCGCCGUAUCCAGCUGGUAGAGGAGGAGUUGGAUCGAGCUCAGGAGCGUCUUGCCACAGCUCUGCAAAAGCUGGAAGAGGCAGAGAAGGCUGCAGAUGAAAGUGAAAGAGGCAUGAAAGUCAUUGAAAACAGAGCUCUGAAGGAUGAGGAGAAGAUGGAACUGCAGGAGAUCCAGCUCAAGGAAGCCAAGCACAUCGCUGAGGAGGCAGACAGGAAGUAUGAGGAGGUCGCUCGGAAACUGGUGAUUAUAGAAGGAGAUCUGGAGCGUACUGAAGAGAGAGCCGAGCUCGCGGAGUCUCGUUGCCGGGAGCUGCAGGAGCAGAUCAGAGUGAUGGACCAGAACUUGAAGUGUCUGUCUGUUGCCGAAGAAAAGUACUCCCAAAAAGAGGAUAAAUAUGAAGAAGAGAUCAAGAUCCUGACUGAUAAACUCAAAGAGGCGGAGACUCGUGCCGAAUUUGCUGAACGAUCUGUAGCCAAGCUGGAGAAGACCAUUGAUGAUUUGGAAGAGCGCCUGUACAGCCAGCUUGAGAAAAAUCGCCUGCUCUCUAACGAGCUGAAGUUAACGCUGCAUGAUCUGUGUGACUGAGAAGGGGGCCCACUAAUGCCAUUAAACAAGCUUAUUGCGACCACCAAUGCUGUGGACCACAGUGAAAUCUGAUCACUCUUAAGACUGGCAGACUUGCAAAUUUUAUGCAGUUACUGCUAUUUAAUGGGGCAGUUGAAGUUGAUCCUCUAAUGUACUUUAUUUAAAAGCUUUUUAUAAAAAGGUAACCUCUAUUCUUGGUGAAGUAACCCUAGGACAUGGCUGUUUUCUGAACAGUCGUGUUUGCUAGUACAGUGGGACCUGCCUGGCUCCUCCACAGAACCAGAACGGUGCUCACCAGCGGAGGGGUGGGGUGGAGUGAGGCCUAUGUCUGUUAGAUACCUCUCAAGUGCUAUGUUAGCUGAAUGACUGUAGGAUUUCCUGCUGCAUGGAGUGAUGGCUUCUAACAAUAAAUCACUGACCUUGUGGUCCGUAAGACACUGCAAACCUGUAGUACUUUCAUACAGUUGAGCUCUAACCUAGAAGGUUUGAGGGAAAAGGUUGUUCCUGGGGCCUGACCCCCACUGCAGAUGCAGAGUCCCAGAAUGCAAUGGGAAAGCUAAUGGACAUCUUGAAAGCCAGUCGCAAAAUACAUGGCAUAAAGCUGUCUCUUGCAUGCCUCCAGGGAGUCUUUAAAUGCUGCUGUUGCUAGUGCCCUAGGAAGGCUGCUUUUCGCUCUGGGCUUAGUGCAUCACUUCUGAACUGUGAGACAGCUGCUGGUCAGACCCUCAGCAUUUCCCUCAGGAGGGGGGCGGUGGGGAGCUAUCUUGGAGAAACUGUCUGUACCUAAAGGAUAUCUUUCCACAGCCUGUCUGUCCAGUGUCCCAGCGUGUGGAUUUCUUCACAGAUAAGGGUGGGCUGUCCCUUGGAGUAAAGCCUACCUAGAGUGCUAGUUGCUGGUCUGAGCUCUCCUCCUGGCUUAAGGAACAUGUGAGAACUGACUGUGCAAGUUCCCUGUAGUCUUGGGCAGAGUUGCAGCACCCUUGCUCCUACUUGCUCGCUGUCUGCCAUUCACUGAAAAAAGCCUCUUCCCUACUGUCCUUGAGGCAUGGUUGUCUGCUCCCUGCUGCUAGGUAGUGUGGUCUUGGUGACCAGCUUGGCAUCUCUAUCCUGUGCUAGGGGAAACAGGGGCAAAACCAGUUGCAAUCCUGGGGGGUGACUUCUAUGUGUAUUUUACCUGAGUUGCUCUUGGGUGGCUUGCGGGGCCACUGGGGUCUGCUGUCUGGAAGCGUGGAAGCCCUGGGGAAAGCUAGCUGCAGUCUGAGGCACCUGCAUGCAAACUACUGCCUAGAGCACUAGCUAAAGGUACAUCAUGACCUUGCCACUUGGGAGCACCGGCAACGCAGGAGACGAGGGCUACAGAUGAGCCAGGUAACUCCAGAGCUUCUAGCUGCAAAUAGCCAGGCACCCAGAAGCUGAGAACCUAGCUAUGGCAGCGUGCUGGGAAGGGGCUAGUGCAAGCUUUCUUUGGCAAAGGUUUCUUAGUUGUCUUAAGCUGACUUGUAACUAUGCAACUCUUGCUUCCCCCUAGAUAAACUGAAAUCCACCAAAGAGGAGCAUCUCUGCACGCAAAGAAUGCUGGACCAGACCCUGCUAGACCUGAACGAAAUGUAAUGGAUC